AUGAGGGCUGAUGCUUUAAUUAAGGUCGCGGUUUUACUUAUCCUGGCUGUCCUAGCGCCCUUUGGCUAUUCCGGUCCAGUCCUAGAAUCGACAAAUGACUUAAGCGCUCUAAAAAUGUGUAAGUUCCUAUUGAUUUACUUAAAUAAGCCUAAAAUAUUAAAAGUUUAUAAAAUUUGAAUUGUUUCUUACAUUUUUAAGCCUCUCACGAUAUAAGCUACUACAAUACAAAACCUAAGCUUUAAAAAGACGUAGCUAAGCAUAAAAUGGCAUUAUCUUUAGUCCAAAAUUAGUAACGACAAACCAGCUACGACUGUAGACUAUCUUAAUCGUGUGUCUGAUUUAUGACAAUAUGCAUCAUCCACAUAACCAUAAAUCAUUAUUUUUUAUAAAAACAACAUUACAUUUACAUAAUGUAUGUCUAAUAUAGUCAAAAAAUGUCUCUAAACAUUUGAGCUCCAAUUCCCUUUGGAAUUGGAAGGGAAACAUUAUCUUACACUAGGUCAACCAGAUAUAAUUGCAAAAAACCUACUUUAAUGACAGGAAAUGUUUCCUAAUUUAUACUUUAUAUUAACCAUGGUCCGAAAAUAUAGUUUUGCAUCAAAAUAUGCCCCAAUUUACUCUUUCCAAAACCAAAACUACUGUUUGCAAUUAAACGAGUAAUAGAUCAACCUUACCCAUUGUUUGAGUAACUCUACUGUGCCCCAAGUUCACACGAUGCAACAUUACGUGCUCAUUGUCCUUCUUAAGCCUAUUUCCGUUCCUUUUUCAUAUUUUAUUUAAGACGCCGCAGGGUCUAAUUCUAUUCGAUUAUAAAACGUGACAAUGGAGUGAUAUCACAACAUUGGCCGCUAUUUUAAUCGAGACUUGGUGGAGGUUUGGAAUAUGAUUUAUGAUCUUGAACGCAGAAUAAUGUAGCAUUUUUGUAGCUUUAUACAUACUGUACCUUCUUGGUUUACAUAGGUUUGUAAAGUGUAUGGUAUAUAGGUAUGAAGCCCAAACUCCAUAGUAUAGAGUCUAUAUCUUACCCUUUACAAAACAUGCCAAAACCAUAAUCACCCAAACUUGUCUUACAUGCCAAUCCUAACACACUGUCUAGCAACUAUAGUAAACACAGACCCUACUACAUAAAUAUUCCUAUCCAAAUAUUAACCACCCCGCUAUAGUCGCCAAAUCAUCCGUUACGGACGUCUGAAUUCCUUCAAACCCUCUGAAGUGUAUCGUACUGUCUCUAUUAAAUUGAGUACAAUGAAUGUAUUUAGCCAAAUUAGUAUUCAUAAAUUAAUGGAGUCAAGUUAUUUAUUACUUUCGAGUGGACAUAGCCGAGUCUACUCUAAUAUUCUAGAAGUCAUCACCCAAUCAGACGCCAUAAUAAGCUAUUUUAUAUUAUAGUAGAUAGUCAGACCAAGAAAUUAAACUGAAAAAUAAUGAAAAUGCUUAAUAUCAGCUUAAUACCCAGUACCAAUGUAAUUCAUUAACUAUUGAUUUCAGUGCGAAAUUACAUGGAACAAUAUGGCGGACCAGAAGGUGAUGUUCAAUAUGUUGUCCUGGAUGAUAUGAGGUAGGUGCUCCCUACAUGUCUUUUACAAAAUAUUAAUUGAAUAGAAGAACCUUUUAUAUAUACACAAAGGUAUUAACUAAUAAUAUUAACCAUCCCCAUUCCAGAUCAAACAAGCGAGGAAUGGGCCCACGACCACUACGAUUCGGUUGA